AUCAAAUCAUUAAACUGAUGUAAGUACUGUUACUUGACGUUAAGGAAAAGUUGCUUGAGUAGAUCUUUUAAUUUCGUUGAUGGUUCCAAGUAUUAAACGAAUUCUCUUCCCUUUUACAGCCAGUCUUCAUUGCAGAUAAACAAAGCGAGGCUGUCUGUUGGCAAUCGAGCUGCUCUUAGAAGCCAUGGUAUCUGGAUCAGACGCGGAGAUCGCAAUAGCCACAAUUCAGUGUUUACUUCUCAUUUUGAAUGUCGCUGGGAAUUCCCUAGUAUGUGCCAUUAUAAGGAACAAUUCAGAGAUGAGGUAAGCCGGAGAACUGCAAUUUAGUCUGGCAAUAGAAAUAAGCUGAGUUUUGUAAUAACUCGCAUGACGUGCUCCGUUCUGUUUUGUGCCCAUAUUACUUCAAGAAAUUCUCAGAUAAGACGGACUUGACACUCCACGGAGUCGGGACUCAUUGAUAUGCUACUUAAGACCUCAAACUUACUGCUUGACGUAAAAUUAAAGACUGCGAUCGACCUUUGGUUGAUUUCCCUGUGUUUCAAAUCACUAAGCAAUGGGAGAAGUUGAUUUUUUUGUGUUCUGUCCGCGGUUUUCAAAAUCCAGCUUUAUUUAUUUGCUUUUAUUUGUGAUUUUUUAAUGAAUUGUCUUUCAUGCAAUUCUAAAAAACAUUCACUGCGUCUACAGAACGCCGAUCAAUUACCUUCUAUUAAAUCUGGCUGCCGCAGAUAUGAUCUUGGCGAUAUUUUUCGUACCACCAUAUAUAUUGAUUCACACGUUCACUCAUCCACAUGGAGUACCUGGUACAGUACUAUGUAGACUGCUGACCGGUGGAGUCUUAGCCUGGAUUGGAGCCGCCGCCUCGGUAUUUACUUUGGUUGUCAUAGCAAUUGAACGCUAUUCUGCCGUGCUGCAUCCCCUCGAAAGUAAAGGAAAACUCACUUACCGUAAACUUAAGGUGCGUUUAACUUCAUAUGCCAAAGACAAAAUUUUCUCGCGGGAUUCGGUUUCCGGGACCUGUGGCUGUCGCGUGCAUUCAAAAUGAGUAUAUUGUCAAUAGACUCUUUGUGUUAAUGGAGUAAAGGAAUUUUUGUUCCAGAAGAAAAUCUUUUAGAAAGUUUUAAAAGUGCUUUUUGACCACUCUUAUACUGGUCUCUGUGACUGAUUUUAUUCUAAUUUUCCGAAGAAUACAUCCUGCCCCUUUACACCCCGCUUGAGCACGCCAAGGGGCGAGGCUGGUGAAUACUCAGUUGGUUUACUUGCUGAGGGCCCCGGGUUUGUCUCUAAACUCCUUAUGAGUUGGAGGAUGGAUAUAAUCUCAGAUUUUUUAUUUUAGGGAAUUAUCCCUUGUUCUUGGAUAUUUGGAGUGAUUAUGAAUAUUCCAGCAUUCCUGUUUAUGAGGUUUGACAAAGACAACUAUUGCAUGAUGAUAUGGCCUGAAAGAUGGAUGGGCAAAGCUUAUUUUUUGGCAUGGUGUUUGCUACUGGCAUUUCUCCCAGUCGCUUUGAUGGCUGCUCUGUACUCCAGAAUCGUGUACUCCUUAUGGGUUAACAACGUAGAUAUUGAUGACAACAAAACAAAUAGACAACAGGUUUGAAACAAUAACUGAUAUUCGUUAUAAGCCGAUUCAUUUGAAAUUACCAAUUUUACACGCCAUUUUAACUUAAUAAUUUAUUACUUUUGACCGAACUGUUCUUUUGCCUAAAGGAGGAAAACUAAAACAAUAAAGUGUAACAGCUAUACGAACUCGCAUUACUAGCUGCUGUAAAUUAAUGAAAAUCCAGAGCUAAUAGUAUACUUUCUAUAUUUUUUCUGUUUAUAAAAUUUCGCAAAAUGAAACUACUUUCCUCGUUUGCAUUUCUUUUGUUUUAUUUCUCCAAAAGUUGAAGUAUUUUUGCAAUCUUCUAUGUUAUCGUGUUAGCGCCUCCAUGUAAAGGUCCCCUUCCUGGUAAGCUCCUCGAAAGGACAUAAAUAUGAGUUCCCAGGAGAUGAUUACUUUCAAAAUUUCAAGAAUUUUACUUUAUCUUACUUAUAUUCACAGCGAACAUUUCAAUUCUUUACAGGCUAAGAUGCGAAUGCGGAAGAAAGUGACCAUGAUUGCCAUUACUGUAAGCGUCAUUUUUGGAGUUUGUUGGUUGGUUGACUCCAUUAACUACACUAUGUAUUAUUUCUUUCCAUCGCACGCAUUUCUGUCCUAUGCAGCAUCGUCCAUAAUGCUCUUAUUCAAUUCUGCGGUCAAUCCGAUUGUUUAUGCUCUGGUCAACCAGAAAUUCAGACGAAAAUUCAAAGCAAUGCUGUGUUUCCCACAAAGGAUACACCACCAACAGGCUACAGCUGACGCUUCCAUCCCAGCAGCCAGCGCGGGAGGAGAAAAGACUGAAUAGUGUAACGAACCAAAAUCUUGAGGUUUAGACCGUGUCCGUAAAUUUGUGAACAACUUAGAGAAGUUUUGCUUAGCUGGUUAUGUGAAAGGUUUGAACCCAGGAGUCAAUUGUCAGUUCUCCAGUUAUGUUCAACUGACUCUACCUUAGGCUUAGGGCCUGUUUACAUGGAUUGGG